AGAGCGCCGCAUUUGUUGGCAUCGAAGCCAGGCCAGUCUUGUUCCAAGGCGCAGUGCCAGUGUUGUAGCUUUUUCCCACAACCUGCCAAAAGCAAUGGCCAACCCAGCUUUGACCGACGAUGCCGUGAGCCCAGGCGCAGUUGCUUGGGUCUUGACCUCAACGGCAUUCGUGUUCUUGAUGACGGCAGGGCUUGGCUUCUUCUAUGGUGGUCUGGUGCGUGACACCAACAUCAUCAACACCAUGAUGAUGAGCGUGGUCUCCAUGGGAAUCGUCACAUUGACUUGGAUGGUGUUUGGCUUUUCAUGGGCCUUCGGUGACAACGGCAUGUUCAUUGGCAACUUCGACUACAGUCUGUGGAUGGGUCUGGACAUGAAGAUGUGGGGCGACUCUGGUCUUCCAGGUCUUGUGUUCGCUGCCUUCCAGAUGACCUUUGCCAUCAUUUCUUCUGCAAUCAUUUCCGGCUCGUUGGUGGAGCGCAUGCGUUUCAGUGCUUACUGCAUCAUGCUUGCUCUGUGGUCCCUUCUGAUCUACGCACCUUUGUGCCACUGGGUUUGGGGCCCUGGCGGCUGGAUUGGUGAGAUGGGAGCUUUGGACUUCGCCGGUGGAACUGUGGUUCACAUCAGCUCCGGCGUGUCCGGCCUUGUUGCCGGUGGCAUCCUUGGACCACGCAGGCACGUGGAGAAGGAUUUGGGCCCUGCCAACGUCCCUUUCGUGAUCUUGGGCGGCUGCCUCCUUUGGUUCGGCUGGUUGGGAUUCAACGGCGGUUCUGCGUUGUCCGUCACAGAUGGAGUUGCAGCCCGUGCGGUGGCCACCACUUUCGUGGCUUCAGCCUCAUCCAUGCUGACCUGGUUGGCCCUGGAGCGCAUCUUGAAGGGCAAGUCUACCAGUGUCGGAGCAUCUGUUGGUGCUGUUGCAGGCCUGGUGUGCAUCACACCUGCAGCCGGCUUCGUGACACCCGGCUGGAGCAUCGCAAUUGGUGCCUUGGGAGCUCCUUGGUGUUUCGCUACUGUGGAGAUUGUUAACAGGAUCAACUUGGUGGAUGACACUCUUGAUGCGUUCGGCUUGCAUGGUUCGGGUGGCAUCGCAGGUGCCAUCUUGACCGGCAUUUUUGCAGUGGAAGAUGGCCUCAUCUACACCGGUAGCUUCUUGCUGCUGGGCAAGCAGAUUGCCGGUGCCCUGGCUGGUGUGGCUUUCUCUGCUGUGGGCACUGCCAUCAUUGUCGGAGUCAUGAAGCUGCUGCUGAAGCUGCGCAUUCCAGAGGACCAAGAGGCUGGUGGUGUUGAUCAACACACUCACGGUGAGAGCUACCACAGCCCCGUGAAGCAGUACCCCAAGGCCAAGUCUUCAGAUGUUUCGGAGUCCACUGAGCAGCCAUCUGAGACAGUGUGAAGAUGCUGUCUGGCCGACCUCUUGCGAAGGCAUUCAAGCAAGUAUAGUAGAGACAUGUAGAGACGAGUAUAGGAUGUAUAGGCGGUCUUGUAACAUUUCUUGGCUGAAUUUGUAGAGUCCACAUAAAGAUGGACUACCUGUUCAACUUGCAUGGUCAGUGUCGCUGGGUCAUGACCGACAAUGUUGGUUGAUCCAGCUUUUGUUCUUGAAUGCUGCCCUAUGCCAGCACAAGUUUUAGUCUUAUACUUAUACUCACGGCCGCAGGGCCAAAUUAUGGUGAGAUUUCUUCGACACUCUUUGAGGCUUGGACGGUUGGAGACCGUCAGAGGGAGACGCGCACCCGGCGUGGUCUCGCUUAGGCUUCGAAUCAAGCUACAAGCGCAGAAAGGACAAAAC